AUGGAACUGGAAGAUGCUCCCGAAGAAUUCAAGGAUCCUGUAAUGGAUACGCUAAUGGAAGAUCCAGUCCGAUUACCAUCUGGUCAUAUCAUGGAUAGAAAGCAUAUCAUGCGGCAUCUGCUCAGCAGUCAAACGAAUCCCUUUAAUCGUGCCCCACUCACCCCAGAAAGAGGACUAGAGCCUGGUAGCGUUUACAAGUUCAGAAGAUUAUUCGAACACGCUGCUGAGUUGCGGCAGCGGAUACGAGACUGGGUGAAGGAGAAACUCGGAAAGUAG